AUGAUGCCAAUGUUUACAUUUCAAGACGUUCCAAUAAUAUCAUGCAUCCCUAAUGAAAUUUCUGUCAUCCUGCAGGCGGUGUGUUGUGAAGUGGAUCAAAGUGAACGAGUGAAGGAGAAAAUCCAAGAAGAAGUGAACAAACUCAAAAAGGAAAUCGCUCUCAGGAAACGUAACAGCGCUGAGGAAGAGAGAAGACUCCAAGAGGCGGCUGUUGUCAUGCUUCCCGAUAACUCUGCCCUUCCUGACUCCUCACACUCUUCACUGACUCAAGUCAUGCUCUCAGGUCCCUCGGUGGAGCCCAGUUUAGAGAGACCCGUGAACUCGUCAUCUCCACCAAUCUACAGCACCACACUGCCUCCAGAUUCACCAAGCGCUAUACUGCUGCCGCGGCCCCAAGCCGUAGGUUCGCCUGGACACCCGUCUCCCAGUCUGGGCCUGGGCAACGGAGACGGUUCGAGCUCGGAUUCCCUGAACCGCCAGGCCACCGGCCAGGAAGACCAGGAGGAUGACGAGGACAGUAGCGAGUACGAAAAUUUAGUUAGCGAGCAAUUGCAACCACCUUCCUUAACAGAAACUGUUUUAUUAGGACGACCGGCUACCCUGUGGCCCGACGGAGACGCCCACAGCCCGCCAGGCUCAUAGUAGCCAAACAAACCAACGGGGAUAUUGAUGAACGAACAGAACUAGGUGUGAUCGUGGUGUUCAGAACACAAACAAGCACUUGCCUUUUGUGAGCUAUGACAAUGCUGUCCUGUUGUACACAUUUAACAUCUCUGUGCAGGGGACAUCAUCGUGUUUCGAUGAACUCCGAAGUGGAAUGGAAUGAUAUCCCCAUCCAUGUGGAUCGACAGGCCCCCUUUUCUCCGUUUCAUGCUCUCCUCUCUGGUUUCGUUUGGGUGGAGAGGUGCAUCUUGCUUAUCUCUGCAUCUGCCACUCACUGGAGUCAUUCGGUUCUUGCACCAUUUACCUCUCGCACUGUUUUGCCUUCUUUUGAUCUGCAUUUGAAUAGAAAAGCAAAGGGAGUGAUGUCUUUUUUUUGCGGCCUUCAAACACAUCUCUGUGUGAGCUUAUUCCAUCUUCAUUGUCUUGCUUUGAAAAUCUGAAUGGACAGAAAAAAAUCACAGUUAUAAGGACUGCUUAGGACUACAGCUGACUCUUGAACAGUUCUUGUUCUAGAAAAUUUAUUUUAUUUUUGGUUUUAUCAGUUAUAUUUGAUUUGAUUGAGUAAUAUAAUGGCCUAUUCUUUAAAAAAAAAAGAUCAUUUUUGGUCAACGAUUAUAAAAGUUACUUUGAUAAGGGGUGCUUGUAUUUUCUAUGACAUACUGUAGAUCACUACUAAUUUCAUUGGCUUAAAUCAAACACAUUUUUGUCCUAAUGAAUGGAUCGAAUAUUAUAUUUCUUUCUGCUGCACUUCAAACUUUCACCAUUGAGCUUUAACUGAAUUUUCCGGUCGUACGGUUUGACGGAGCCAUCAGAAACUGGAAGGGUCAAAAUGCAGCAUCAUCGAUCUCAGGAUUCUUUUACAGUACCAGGACUGUUGUUUUCUCACAUCAUCUUGUCCACAUGCCUUUGUUCUUUAGUUGAGAAGACAUGAUUGCUCAAAGCAAUGCAGCGGUGGAUCAGUUUAGAGCUCUGUGAUAACGUGAAAUAAAGAUUUCAGCCAUAUGCUGCAGAUCUUUAAAGGUAGAAGCACAGUUUUAUCAUCUGUUAGUGGAUGUUUUGCUACAUCUGAUCAAACCAAAAUUAUGUUUUCCCUCAAAAGUUUGUAUGUGUGUGAAUCUCAGAAAAACAUGACUGGGUCAUUUUACCAUUAACCAUUAAAUAAUAAUAACUUACCAUUAAAUUACAAACUGCCAUGAUGUAUAAAUACUUGACAAUUUAAUUUUACUUUUAAAAACAAGGUUUGCAAUAACGUUUGGAGAUUUAGUGGAAACUGAUUUUACAAUGUAAAAAAUUUCAUUAAAAAAAACUUAAUAGUCCAAAAUCAUACUCUUUAAUGUUUUUCCAGUUACAAAUGUUAUACAAAUAAUAGACUUGAAAAAUGUGGAGUGAAAUAUGACUGUAAUGCGUUCUUGUGAGAUUCACCCAUGUCGUGCAUAUUGUAAACAAUUUGGGCAAGUGACUUGAAUCAGAUUGAUGAGCUGUCUGACUUUUUCACCCAAAGAAUCCGAAACUUAUUUCUUAGUUUUAUCUCAGGAUCUGACGCUCUGACGUUUAUUUUGGCAGAGGCCGAGAAUGUCUCACUUUUCAUUCAGUAUAUUUCUGCAGUUCUGUGUAGGACAGAAAAAAUAACAAAUGCUUGUUCCCUGGCAUGAGUGUGAAUGAGAGUGAGAAUGGUUUUCCAACAAAUACUUAUUAUUCAUGAUUAAUCAGAGUAAAUUCGCAGCAUCCUCCUCUGAACAUCUAAAGACAACUCAACUAAUUCAGUGUCAAUCCUUGCUGCCAUAUUGCCUUUUACUCUAUACUUACAGAUGCUUUCAAAUCUGAUUAUGAAAUAAAUCUAAAUUUGGCAGUGUGCCAUUUUAAUGGGGAAAUUGCAA